AUGCAGUCCUCCCGCUUCCAAUCCAUCACCUCCCGCUUUUCCCCGAGCACACUGCGCACCACCUUCCGCCGCUCAUCAUCCGCUUCUUCCCGUGCCAGCAGCGACCGGGGCUCUUACACCACCACCGCUUCGUCUCCUGUGAGCACUAUCAACAGCAUCGUCUUUAGUCAGCCCUCGAUGCUUGACCUCGAAGAAGAGCGCAAGAGCUUUGGGAGUGAGCUCAGCAUACUCGAGCCGCGUCCUGUCGUCUACUUCGGCAGCGUUGAGGAGCGCAUCGGAUCACUGUAA